GAAGUGGCGAGCUCGGGGGCGGCGGGAGCCGACGCGGGACUCGGGGCCAUGGCUGGGCUGAAGGCGGUCGUGGGCGAGAAGAUCCUGAAUGAUGUCAUUCGAAGUAUGAAGAAAGAAGGAGAAUGGAAGGUGCUUAUUAUGGAUCAUUCCAGCACACGCAUUCUCUCAUCCUGUUUUAAGAUGUCAGAUCUAUUGGCUGAAGGGAUCACAAUUAUCGAAGAUAUUAACAAGCGCCGAGAACCUCUUCCCAGCCUGGAAGCAAUCUAUUUGAUCAGCCCCAUUGACACGUCAGUGCAUGCUCUGAUAAAUGACUUCAAAGGCUCUCCCACCUUCACAUACAAGGCUGCCCACGUGUUCUUUACUGAAACCUGCCCUGAGCACCUCUUUAAUGAGCUUGGCAAAUCAAGAAUCACCAAAGCCAUCAAGACACUCAAGGAAAUCAAUGUGGCUUUUCUUCCCUAUGAGUCACAGGUGUACUCCUUGGACAAGCCAGAGAGCUUCCACAAUCUCUUCAGUCCGUACUGCAAGGAGGACAAGAACAAUCAGCUGGAGAGGAUGGCAGAGCAGAUUGCCACACUAUGCGACACUCUGAAGGAAUACCCCUCGAUUCGCUAUCGGAAUGGCUCUGAAGACUGCUGCUUGUUGGCCCAUGCAGUGUUGGCCAAGCUGAAUGCCUUCAAAGCAGACAACCCCACCAUGGGAGAGGGCCCUGACAAAUGUCGCUCUCAGCUUCUGAUUGUGGACCGGAGCUGUGACUUGGUGUCCCCACUUCUGCAUGAGCUCACCUUCCAAGCCAUGGCCUAUGACCUGCUCAACAUUGAGAGUGAUACUUACCGAUAUGAAUCCACAGGCAUCAGCAACUCCAAAGAAAAGGUGGUGCUUCUGGAUGAAGAUGACGACCUGUGGGUGCUGCUGCGCCACAUGCACAUUGCUGACGUGUCCAAGAAAGUGACUGAGCUCCUGCGUACUUUCUGUGAGAGCAAGAGACUCACCACAGACAAGGCCAACAUUAAGGACCUCUCUCAGAUCCUGAGGAAGAUGCCCCAGUACCAGAAGGAACUUCACAAGUAUUCUACACAUCUGCACCUGGCAGAAGACUGCAUGAAUGCCUUCAAGGGCACAGUGGAGAAGCUGUGCAGCGUGGAGCAGGACCUAGCCACAGGUGCAGAUGUUGAAGGGGAGAAAAUAAAAAACCCAAUGAAGUCUAUCGUGCCGAUUGUCCUGGAUACCAGCGUGGAGGCAUUGGAUAAGAUUCGCAUCAUCCUACUUUGCAUCCUCCUCCAGAACGGCAUCAACGAGGAGAACCUCACCAAGCUCAUCCAGCAUGCCAACGUACAGCAGGAGAGGGACAUCCUCUACAACAUGCACUGCCUCGGUGCCACCAUCAUGCCGGAGGACACUGGGGGGCACAUGAAACCUGCGAGGAAAGUGCGAUUGGAGCCUACUUACCAGCUCUCCCGAUGGAUCCCCGUUCUUAAGGAUGUCAUGGAGGAUGCGAUUGAGGACAAGCUGGAUAAGAAGUUGUGGCCUUUCGUGUCUUGUGCAGCCCCAGGCCCCUGUUCACAAAAUACUGUGAGCAGUGCACGUUUUGGCCACUGGCACAAGACCAAGACAGCAACGGAGUACCGGACAGGACCACGCCUCAUCUUGUACGUGCUGGGCGGCGUUACCAUGUCCGAGAUGCGCUGUGCCUAUGAAGUUACGGAGGCCACUGACGGGAAGUGGGAGGUGCUGAUCGGCUCAUCCCACAUCCUGACUCCCAAGCAGUUCCUGGAAGAUGUGCGCAAUCUGACUGAGCAGACUCCGCUGAAGACCUAAGAGCAUCCCUGAUCCUAAGAGACUUGCUGGCAGCAGUACUAUUUAUCUAUCCCAAGGAAGUUCUUCCCAACAAGAUGGCUUUCAGCUACCUGUCUCCGCUCCUGUUCCUUUAAGACUUGCCCUUGGCCUGGCCCAUUCCUCAGCUGGCUCUCACGAAAUGAGCCCGACAUUGGGCAGCCCUGUCUAAUGUCACGGAUGCAAACAAGGGGUCAUUUGUCCUGUUACAGGUCCCCUGUCUCUCCCUUGGUGGGGUUUCUGGUUGCACUUUAUUUUCUCUCCUCCGCCCCCUAUAAAUUAUGGGAGAAGAGUGGCAGACGAGUAUCCGACCAAUAAGCCUAAGCCACUGAUUGCUCUCUUAAGGGGUAUUUGCAGGGAAUGAGCUGCAUUGCAGCCGUCUGUAUUUUUUUUUUUCUUCCUUGCAAAGGUAAUUGCUCACUGAAAGAUCAUCUUUUGUUUGCGGUGUGAAAAAGAGUUUUCCAGACCAUCCACCUCCCAAUUCUCUGGGGAGGACAUAUGAAACCUCAGGAGCCGGAGCCAUUCCUAGGCAGCUGGUCAGUGCCGCAAGCCUAGCACAUGUACCGACAUGUGGUACACGGUGAGGGGGUUGCUGACUUUAACAGAUCAGGGAAGAUGUGUGUACAGAAAGUGGUGUGUACCAUUUGCGUGUGAACCAUACAGGUCUGCUGAAGAACCCCAGAGCUUUUGAAAUAAAUGUGCAUAUUCAAA